UGGCAGGUGAAGUCUAUGGUCAGGGUUGUCCCUUCUAUAUAACAGUGAGUGUGGUUUGUAGAGUAAGGAGGCAGAGAUGGCUCUCUUUCUGUUCCUUGUCUUUGUAUCCUUCUCUCCAGUUCUGGCCCAGCUUGAACAGAGGGACAACGCAUGUACCCAGAGCACAAAAAACCAGUGCCAGGACCUGAAGGUAGCCAUCCAGUGCAGAACGGUGCGUCUUUGUUUGAAAACCAAAUGGCGCCAGCGUAAAGUAAAAGAUGACACCUGCAACACGUGCAAAACUUUCAUGCGGGAGAUUGUUGGCAUGGGGAACCGCAAUUCACCGAAGGAUGCCUUGAAAGCUGCACUGCACAAAGGCUGUGAUUCGAUCCCAAUCAAAGAGUUGAAAGACCAGUGUAACAACUAUGUUGAUUCCUAUCUGUCCAUAAUAAUUCAAUUACUCGAGAAAGAGGUGAAACCACAUGUGGUGUGUGCUGCUCUUGGCCUGUGCAAAUCGAGGGAGCACAAAAACCCUUCCACUUCCAUCCCUGAGGACGAGCCAGACAUGGUUAAUCAGACUCCGCCUGACACUACAGUCUCGAGGCAAUUCCAGGGGCCACUUCCCAAAGGCGUAUUCAGCUGCGAAUUUUGUCUGCGUAUCACACAGAAACUGAAGCACUUAUUGCCUGAGGAGAAAACUGAGAAAUCCAUCGCCAAAGUGCUAAGUAAGAUCUGCUCCUUCCUGCCAGACAAAUUAUUGACAAGAUGCAACAACUUUAUGAAUAAGAUUGGGAAAUCUGUCGUGGAGUUGCUCUACAAAAAGAUAAUGCCAGGUGGUGUGUGUGAUACUCUUCACUUCUGCUCCACAGACAAGAGGACCUUCAUGCUGCCUAUAAUGUCCUGUAAUAUGUGUGAGAACGUAGUGCAUCAGCUCAAGUCAGCUCGGAAGCAGGGCACAGAAGUGGAUGUACUCCUGCCAAAAGCCUGCAACUCAUAUUCUGAUGCCUCCAAAUUGGUGUGUGAAGACUUUAUCCACUCCCAUAAAGCCCAGCUCAGCAAUCUUCUUCAGAAUCAGGAGGACAAAGAUCUUUGUGGGGAACUGGAUUUCUGUGUAAGAAAAGUGGAGGCAGUAUUGCUUGGACGCGAUGAGUGCACCUGGGCACCAUCACACUGGUGCCAGACCUGGGAAAGUGCCACCCGGUGUAAAAAUGUCGCACUCUGUCAGCAGCUCGGCUGGAAAUACGAUAACUCCUUGAAAACCAAAUCUACGGUUUAGUUUAAACAGCGAAACAUUCCACUGUGUCCUUGCUUAGAAACGUAAUUCAGCAUUAACACAAAUCAUUCUGUCCAGCUGCAUGUUGUGUGUGUGUGUGUCUUUCAGUUUCCUACCCUUACAACUUGUGAUUAAUUGUUAAUACAGCACAUCUCCUACAAUGUGAAAUGUGCAGCUAUGAAUGAAUACAGGUUAUCCCUUUCCCCCCCAUACUGAUCCGCUCUUCUGGAUGGCAUUGUCUCUCAGUUAGGAUUACUGACCUCUCGUAUUGAAUGUGAAUUUUAUACUUUUUUCCAUGAAUCAGGAGUUUAAAAUGAGUACACUCUGAUGUAAAGUAAAACUUCUGAAAAAGAUUGGGAAUAGAGUGUUACUUAGAGCUCAAAGGGUCCACUGAAUGGAUGUCACUGAGGACACAGUCUCCAAGGGCAAAGGGUACAAUAUGGUUCCAGGAUUUUUUUAAACCUGCAAGACUUUCCCAUUGUGUGUGUGUGUGUGUGUGUUAUAUCAGAGACAGUGCAGUCCUCAAAUAGCAAUACGGAAGUGAAACAGUUCAAACUGCUGGUUGUUGUAUGUGUUGAGAGUCUGUGGGUGGAAAUAUUCAGUUAAAACAUGAUUACCUAUAUAACAAUCAGUGCAGUUUAAAAACAAUUUAUUGCGGGUGAAUGACUCUCAGAUAUAUCUGAGAUGUGGUGAGGUACUGUUUAAGAUCAAGGCUUUCCUUCCUACAUAAUGCUGCUAUCAAUGCAUUCUGUCAGCUUUUAUCCAGGCACAGCCAAGCCAGCUACACCAAUAGGACCAACACAAGUUUGCUGAUUCAAGAGGAAAAAGGCAAGAAAAAGGAAAGAAAGAGAGUGAUUUUGACAGAAUUUUAACUGUUGCUGUAGAUCUGACUUAACCCGCGAACAUUUAUGGCUAAUCAUCCUUUCCUUGCACUCUAGCUGAUAUGUGGUGCAAUAAUGAAUAGUGACAGUUAGUCAUGUAGACUAAAGUGCUUCAAAACUAUGAUUUGCUUGCUUAAUAAACUUUUACUAACAUA